AUAUUGUAGAUAUACAUAUACAUACAUAUAUAUAUAUAUAUAUAUAUAUAUCAUAUAUAUGUAUAUUUAUAUAUAUUUAUUUAUUUAUUUUGUUUACAACCUACAAAUGAUAUUGUUCGAUUAACUGACCAUUCGUUUAUUCGACCAAGAGUCCGAUUCCGUAGGAGCCGGUUAAAAGGAAGUAUACUUAAUAUUAAUAUUUAUUUUAUUACAAAGAUGUAAAUUCGAUAAAAAUAUAAAACGGCUAUAUAUGAACAUUUUGUAGGGAUAUACGCAAGUAUAUUUCAAAACAUUCAACAAUGUCUACUAUUGAACAAUUUAAAGAUUGAUUAUAAUAACAUCAUCAAAGCAUUCAACACAGAAUUAAAAUAAAUACCUAGUUGUUCUAGGUGUGCAAAAAUGCAAACUGCUAAAGAACUUUAUGUUGGAAAACAAUAUAAAGAAGCAUUAAAAGAAUAUAGUGAACUUAUUGAAUUAUAUCCAAAUAAACCAUUGCAUUAUGCAAAUAGAGCUGCAUGUUAUAUGAUGCUUGAUAAAUAUCCUUAUGCUUUGGAUGAUGCAAAAAAAUGUAUUGAAUUGGAUGAGAAACUAUACAAAGCAUAUGUAAGAAUUAUAAAAUGUUGCCUGAUUUUGGGAGAUAUUAUUCAAGCCGAAACUACUUUAUCCAAGUUAUUAGAAAUUGAUCCUGAAAAUAAAGGAAUUACCACAGAGAAAAAAGACUUAGAAUAUGUGAAAAAGUUUCUUAAAGAUGCUGAUACUGCAUAUGCUGCUAAGGAUUAUCGUAAAGUUGUAUAUUGUAUGGAUCGUUGUUGUGAUGUGAGUACUCGUUGUACAAGUUUUAAAUUAAUCAAAGCAGAAUGUUUGGUAUUUUUGGGAAGGUACCAGGAAGCACAAGAGAUAGCAAAUGAUAUUUUGCAUGUUGAUAAACAAAAUGCAGAUGCUAUAUAUGUUCGUGCUAUGUGUCUAUAUUUCCAAGAUAAUAUUGACAGAGCUUUUACACAUUUUCAACAAGUACUUAGAUUGGCUCCAGAUCAUGCUAAAGCAUUAGAAAUAUAUAAACGAGCUAAAAAUUUAAAAAAGAAAAAAGAAGAAGGAAAUGCUGCUUAUGAAAAAGAACAAUAUCAGAAAGCAUAUAAAUUAUAUACAGAAGCCUUGACUAUAGAUCCUCAAAAUAUUAUAACAAAUGCAAAACUUCAUUUUAAUAAAGCAACAGUUGCAGCAAAGUUAUCUCGAUUAAAUGAAUCAAUAAUAGAAUGUACAGAAGCAUUGAAAUUAGAUAAAAAUUAUCUUAAAGCUCUCAAGAGAAGAGCAGCUUCUUAUAUGGAGUUGAAAGAAUAUGAAAAAGCUGUUCAUGAUCUUGAAAAAGCCUGUAAAAUGGAUAAAUGUUGGGAUAACAAACGAUUGUUAAUGGAAGCCAAAAUGGCAUUAAAAAAAUCAAAGAGAAAAGAUUAUUAUGAAAUUUUAGGAAUAGAUAAAAAUGCAUCUACUGAUGAUAUUAAAAAAGCGUAUAGGAAACGAGCGAUGGUACAUCAUCCUGAUCGACAUCCUAAUGCAACAGAAGGAGAAAAAAAAGAACAAGAAAAAAAAUUUAAAGAAGUAGGAGAAGCCUAUGGGAUUCUUUCUGAUCCUAAAAAACGAUCACGCUAUGACAGUGGACAUGAUAUUGAUGAUACUGAUGGGGGAUAUCAAGAUGUUGAUCCAAAUGUAGUAUUUCAAACAUUCUUCAGUCAACAUGAUGGUUAUCAAUUCCGCACGGAUGGUUUUACUUUUCAUUUUGGUUAACAACAUUCCAAAAAUAUUUCUUUUUCUUCUACUAAUCUCUUAAUCUCUUAAAAAAUCGUUUUACUUUAGAGAUGAAUAUAUUGGAUUUGUUUAUAAUGGCAGACAUAUACAUUAAAAACAUUUUCUAUAUUACAAACAUAAUUAGAUAAAUUCUAUUGAUUGUUAUAUCAUAUAGAAAGGAUAAAAAAGCAUAAAUUAAUUUAAAAAAAACUUAACUAAUAAAUAAUUUCUAUCAUAAUUUUUUUAAAGCAUCCAUAUAUAUUUAAUAAAUGCAAAGAAAAUUUAAAUUAAUUUAAAUUUUAAACAGGAUUACAAUAACUUUAAACUAAUUAACAUAAUUCCUAUAUUUUGUGGAUACAUUCUUAUAAAUGAUACAUGUAUUUUUGAUAAAUAUUAUUAUUGAAUCCAUAUCAAUUUAAAAUAUCUUAAUAGAUUUAUGUCGAAUUUUAUACCGAUUAUUUUAAUUUUCUUUUUCAUUUAAAAAUUAUUUAUUAUUUUUUGCUAUAUAUUUUGGAUCAUUACUGAUCCAAAUUAAUAAAUUUAAUUUGUAGGCAAUUUUUUUUUAAAAAUAAAUAACAUUUUAUUUAUUUUUUAAGUAAACAAAACGAUUUACUGUUUUUUCAAUAAAGUAAAAUGAAUAGGUUUAUUAAUGAUUAUACUAUUUCAAACAAAAAUUGAAUCAAUUUUCUUCCAUACUUGAUUUAAUAUAUUUUGCAUUAUAUUUUUCAUCAGUAUAAUCUCUUACAUAAAUUUUGCUAUUAAAUUCCAAGCAAUUAAAUUUGCUUUCUUUAUUAAAUAUAAAUAUACUUAUUAAAUUAAAUUGAUCAAACAUUAUAGGGUACUCAUUGAUUUUAUUAUCUAGAGCUAUAAUAGUAUUUCAUUAUUAAUUACAAUUUUAAAUCGAUUGAUUUCUAUUAUGUGUAUUACUUUUACAGAUUUUGAUUUAUACAAAUUUUCCAAAUAUUGAUGUGUUUCGUAAUUUUAUUGUGAAUUCUAAAGAGAUAUAUCUAAGCCAAAAAGUAUUUUGAUAUGUCUGUUUCUUAAGAAAUUGUAUUUAGCAUCAUUGUUUAUAUAUAUAUAUUUUUUUAAUCAUGGUUUUAAUUUUGUCACAUCUGUUUAAACAUAUGAAUAAGUCAAUAAAAUUUAAUUGAAAAGUUACUAAAUUCGAAAAAAUAUUUAAUAAUGUUUAUAAGUAUGUAUCCAUAACAAUAUUAUAAACUUAUAAUAAAAUUUUUUACAGUCUUCAAUACAAAAAUUAUUGAAAUUAUAUAAAUAAUACAAAUAAAAAAUAUAUUAUAAAAAAUAUAAUAAAUUGAAUUAUAAAUAUUGUUAAUACAAUAUCACUAUACAAUAAUCCACUAAAUAUCUUUUUUAUUUGUGAUGAUUAUACUUUAUGUAAUUUGAUUGAUAUCAAGAAAUUAAUUUUAAUUUUUGAAAAUAUCAUUCGAAUUGCAUAAAAAAUAUUUUUUUGUGUCCUUACAAUUAAAAAAGAUAUUUAAGUGUUCUGAUUUAGAUGAAUUUUAUAUAUAUAUAUAUAUAUAUAUAUAUAUAUAUAUAUAUAUAUAAUAGAAAUAAUAUAAUUAUCCAUAUGUAUGUAAGUAUAUGUUUGCCACUAUAUAACAGAUGCUAUAUAAUUAAGUAGUAUAAAUAAUAUAAAACUUAUUCGAGAUAGUUUUAUAUAUUUAUUUAAAUAAUUGUAAAUAUGUCUUAUAUGGUAUCCUGAUACAUGUAGAAUUUUUGGUAUAAGUAUGAAUGAAUAUUGAAAAUAACAUCGAAUAUUCUUAAUAGAUAAAUUAAUGAACUUGGAUUGAUAGGUAUUUAUGAAAAUUACAUUUAAGUUAUUUUCUCUUAAUUUUUUCAUUCAGUGACAUUAAAAAAUUAGAAUAUAGUAAACUAAAUAAUAUAAUUCAUAAUUAACUUCCUGAGAUUAAUUUAUAUAUGUUAUAAGACAUGUAUAUAUAUAUAUGAUGUUUAAAUUACUUUUGAAAUGAUAAACAAUAUAUAGUUCAUCUUUCUAUAUAAAUCUAUAUAAAUCAUAUUAAAUAUUAUUAUAUUGAACAAUAAAUUAGAAGAACUUAAAGAAUCAUAUUAUCUAUGUAAUUACUGAAAUAGAAAAUUAAAGAAAUAACUGAAUAAGAAAAA